AUCGCAUAUCUUGAGCGGACGAAGGGUUUAGCAGACUCAUGGACCUUCACUCGGCCUGAUACAUUCGAUCUGCCCCCCGGGUCAUGUUUCUUUGUAUCGAAAAACUGGAAUCGAAAAAUGCGCCUUCUGGAAUGCGUUGGCGAAGACAAGUUAGUCUUGACAAGAGAGUUAUUUGGCGACGAUGAGAUCCCGCCUUACGCGAUACUUUCACAUACCUGGAAGGACGGUGAUGAGGUCACUUUCAGCGAAUUCAACGAGAGCACUGGAAAAGCGAAGUCGGGUUAUAAGAAGAUUCAGUCGUGUGGACAACAAGUCAGGCGGGAUGGAUUGCAAUACUUUUGGGUGGAUACUUGUUGCAUUGAUAAAUCAAGUAGCGCCGAGCUUCAAGAGGCUAUUAACUCAAUGUUUCGCUGGUACCAAGAUGCAGCUAUAUGUUAUGUCUACCUUUCAGACGUUUCAAUACAAGAACAUCUUCCGGAUAUUUCCUGGGAAUCAACUUUUCAGGAAAGUCGAUGGUUUACUCGAGGCUGGACAUUACAAGAGCUUAUUGCGCCAAAACAUGUUGAAUUUUUUACGCAAGAUUGGGUCCGCCUUGGUACCAAGUCUACAUUAGAGACAUCUAUCUCUAAUGUUACUGGUAUUAGUCUAGAGGUUUUACGCGGUCGUCCUGUAGCUGAGUGCACUAUCAAGGAAAGGUUAGGAUGGGCAAAAGCACGUGCGACAAAACGGGAAGAAGAUCACGUCUACUCUCUCCUAGGGAUUCUAGAUGUAACUAUGCCAAUGAUUUAUGGGGAAGGGAAAGCAAAAGCGUUGAGGAGAUUGUAUGACGAACUCUCCAGACAUACACCGGUCGAAUUUGAACUUCUUUCCGAUGCCGACUGCAACGAUUCUAUACAAGAACUCGUAUCCCUACAGAGCACGAUUCAAAGGCUAGAAGCGAGACUGAGAACUACUCUAAGCACGCAAAGUUACAGUUCAGAUUACCAGGGUUCAACAAACCUGCCAGCCAUAUAUCAGUCCUCGCUCAAGCACAAAGAGAAUCCCAAACCAAUCAGCAAUUCAGCACGAAUGCAAAUGGAGAUUACCCGUACUAGUCAUUCAUCGGGUCUGCGCUUGCUAAUACACAAGCUUACGCAAAUGUUAUCCGUCUUAGUAGCUCCAUUCGGUUAUUUCGAGAUAUUGUCUUCAUUUUUCCCGGAGGCAUACACAAUGCAAAACAUCGGACCACAAAUUGUCUGCUACUCGUGCUAUCAGACGGAAAAAAACUCUAUGUUUGUUACUUUUACGCAGGAUCUCCUUGUCGCAAAACAUCAACGUCGCUGGGUGCGCAUCAAACUCAGAAUGUUAGUCGCUACUGGUUCCGUCUACUGGAGAUUUGUGGCACAGAAUAAAGUGAGGCAAACUUCUGACGAUACGGAGAUCAACAUGAGCUUAGUGAAAGCCCCCGAUGCUGCCACAAAAGACAGCCAGUUCGAAGCAAUAAGCCUCACAAAAAUGUUAGGCACGAGCACUGAGAACAACACCCGAAAUUCCACUGAAGUUCUUCGUCAUCGAAAUGUUCGAACGAUUCCAGAAACCGCUCUGGUCACGGCUCAUUUGGUAGGGACCUUGCUAGUAGCAAACGUUGACAACCAUUGGGUUAUAUAUCGGACUAUCACUGCUGGUAAAUCAUCAAUGGAACUUCUGCUCCGUAAUAUUAAGUCUAGCAUUGCCCUUCGGGGUGCCUCUUAUGUUGCGCAGAUGAUUGGUGUGGUCAUAGACCCCGAGACAAACUUGUUCAAAGGCAUGCUAGUAGAGACCCCUGCGAAAGGGUCGAUGUUUGUACUCAUGGACAUUCAUCGAUCUAGAGGCAAACCUAUACCAUGGCCGAUAAGGCAAAAGUGGGCCAAACAGAUUGUUCAUGGCGUUGCAGCCUAUCACGAACGAUGCCAGGUUAUUGGAGGACUAAGAACAUACAGUUACUGUAUCAGCAUCGAUGAGCAUGGUGAUGCGAUCAUCUUAGGCUUGUCACCAGGCAUUCAUCCCUGUAUACCCGGGGGAGAUGGUUUAUUACCACCGGAAUACCGUGCAGAAGCUUUUGAGAAGGGAAAUGGUGAGGUCGGACCUGAAUUUGACGUCUUUCAACUAGGUCUGCUGCUAUGGCAUCUUUACCGCGAUCAGCAUCAACAAGGAGCCUCAACAUUCUGCUCCCUCUCUGGAUGCAAUAACAAGCCUUCUGAUUGCAACAUACAUAAAAACCCAGUUGCUUUACCAAAAGCUGGAGCAGGCGUCCCGGACUACCUAGAUCAAAUUAUUGCACUAUGUCGCCAGGAAAGUCCUCGCGAGAGACCGGCUGCAUGGGAAUUAAUCCCUAUGUUCCCCACGGAUGAGGAAAUAUUCCGACAAAUUGAUUUACUCGACAGCGACGAACGCGUUCUUUCUAAAGACUGCAAUGGCACUGCAGUAAAGGACAAACUGUUGAGACUUGAAGCGAUUCGAGACACCUAUGGUAACAAUAUUGUCGUCUGUGCAAUUUGCCGAGAGCGAUGCGUUGAAAUGUAUUAUUAUUGCGAUAUCUGUGAUGGUGGUAACUUUGAUUUAUGUCAUAUGUGUUUUGGUAAAGGAACGCAUUGUUUUGUUAGGACGCAUCUGCUUGCAAAGUUCAGCCUGGUCGCUCACAAGAACAAAGAUCUUUCUGAAAGGUUAAUUGUGUACUCCAGUGUCAACGAAGAGGGUAAUCGAGAGGAAUUUGUGAUCUAA